AUGUCAAGAGGCGGGCGAGGCGGCGGGCGUGGUGGCCGAGGAGGGGCGAGAGGCGGAGGACGUCCAAACGUGCCUUGGGAUACUGGCGAUGAGCCUGACGCGAGACCAUCAGAACUGUUUCCGCCCUACACUGUCCCAGCGCCACGAGACUUAGCCAGUGCCGAAGCCAGCGCAGUCCAGCACUUCCUGCUUUUGCGACACCAGAUACACUCAUCGCCUCUCUAUACCUCCAAGCGGACAUCCCUCCACGACCCGACCACGCCAAGAAAGAUGUACGGCCAAGCACAGAUGAACGCUCGGUACGGCGUGAAAAACAAGGCCUCGGUUGACCCCUUCACUGCGAUGCCGACGUACUCCCAGAAAUUUGUUCGUGAAGAGCGAGCCCUGCCCGACUGGGCUGCCCGCCCCGUGUGCCGCGAAAUGUUUCCCGCAGAGCUGCUAGACACCGUCGAGCCCGAAGAUGGCGUCGGCGUGCGCAAAAAGCGUAGACUAGAACUCAGCAAAGUCAGCGCCUUGCCCAACGCCGAAGAGGCCUUUGGAAUGCCAUCAUUAGAUGGCGCCGUCGACGAGGAAGCAGAGGCUGUGCGCGGCACCGGCAAGAAUAUCCUGGAGAAACUCGACGCCAUGCGUGAGGACGAAGGCGACGAGGGGAUAGACGCAGAAGACGACGAAGGGCUGGAAGAAGAUGAUGAGGAUGAAGUGUACGAUGAUGAAGAUGCCGGUGACUAUGAUGCCGAGCAUUAUUUUGACAACGGCGAUGAGAUGGGCGAUGAUUAUGGUGAAGGAGACGACGGUGAGGGGACAUACUAG